GUAAACUAUUAAGUUAAGGAAGUGAGGAACUAAGAAUGGAGUUACGUUAAAGUUGAGGACCAAAUCUACCAACAUAAAAAAUAAUGAGACCAUGCAGCAAAUAACAAACCCAGAUGGAACCCAAAAAUUCUAGAGGUUAAAGACGAAUCACCAGAUAUGAUGAAUCAUAUGAAGUCCUGGAUGGUCGAAUCCUUUUCUGAGGGUCAACUCUACCUCACGAUGCCUUUCUAUCUCUACUAAUUUGAUGUGGAUUUAUGAAUGAUUGAUUAUGCUGCGAUUGCGAUUAGCGUAUGCAUUCAAAGAUUAACUCGACGAACCUCGGUUUUAGCCAAGAAGGAAACAUGGGUGGAAAAUUAUUGGAACUCGAUGGAUCAUCAAUCAAGUUUAUAUGUGAAAUCAAGAAACAAAGUACCUCUUCAGUUCACAUCUCCAACAUAUCUGAUGAGUAUGUUGCUUUUAAGGUGAAGACCACAUCACCAAAAAGAUUUUGUGUAAGACCCAAUUCAGGCAUCAUUAGCCCAAAGUCAGAAUGCAGUUUCACAGUUACUAUGCAAGGUCUAAGAUCACAUCCUUCUGAAGUGGAGUGUAAGGAUAAAUUCUUGGUUCAAAGCACAGUUGUCGAUUCUGGGACAAAAGAAGAAGAUAUCACUGUUGACUUAUUCUCCAAAAGCAGUGGUAAGUAUGUUGAAGAGAAGAAGCUCAGGGUUGUUCUAGUUAGCAAGCAAGAUUUACCAGUAGAAGAACACAAAGAUAAAGAGUUGGAGAAACAACAUGCUAAUGAAGAAGAUUCACAUAAAGAACAUAAACACAAAGUGUUGGAAAAAAAACAUGCUAAUGAAGAAGAAGAUUCGUGUAAAGAACAUAGACACAAAGUGUUGGAUAAAGAACUACCUCAUGAAGCUUCACAUACAGAACAUAAACACAAAGUGUUGGAGAAAGAACCUCCUAAUGAAGCUUCACAUAAAGAACAAAAACACAAAGUGUUAGAAAAAGAACCAGCAAAUGAAGCUUCAUCAAAAGAACACAAACAUAGAGUGAUGGAAAAAGAACCUUCCAAUGAAGAGCACAAACAUGAAGUGUUGGAGAAAGAACCAUCUAAUGAAGCUUCACAUAAAAAAGAACACAAACACAAAGUGUUGGAAAAAGAACCAUUAAAUGAAGCUUCAUUAAAAGAACACAAACAUAAAGUGUUGGAGAAAGAACCUUCUAAUGAAGUUUCACAUGAACACAAACACGAAGUGUUGGAGAAAGAACCUUCUAACGAAUCUUCAAUUAAAGAAGAUGUUUUGGUGAAAAGAGACAAAAAUGUUUUCUCAGUGGAUAAGCAAAUUGAAGAUGCUAAGGAAGUCAAAAGUGGUUUGACCAUAGAGGAGUCAAAGUUAUCUGAUGGGAAUAAUGUACCCAAGAAUUCGAAGUUUAAGCCUGUAAAGAUUGUGAAAGAGGAUCCAGAAACGAGGUUGAGAUUGUCUAAUCAACUCAAGGAGUUGAAACUGAAGGAAAGUACAUUAGAAAAUCAACUCAAAGAGGCCAAAUCCACCAUCUCUAGCCUAACCUAUCAGAACAGUAUAAUCAUUGAAGCUAAAGAGACCCUUCAGUUGGAACUGGAUAGGAGAAGUAAGAAAGGUUUCUCCUUUGUGUUUGUUUGUGGGGUGUCACUCAUUGGUUUGAUAGGCGGAUACUUCUCAGAUCCUUAAAUGAUACAUUCAUAAAUUUUCUCCAUUUUGUUUGGAAAAUUGGAUGUUUGCAUUUCUUAACUUGUACUUUGUAAUUCGAAAGGACCGGUAAAUAUAUAUACUAUUUCUUUUUUCCUUGUGUAAAUCUGUGGAAGUUUUCAUUAUUUAUAACAAUUGUGCUUGUAAAUAA